UGAAUCGCGGUCUGUGAGACACGGAAUGCCGCGAUUUUCGACCGUCCUCACGUCGCACGUAGAUUAGUUGUUUUGUUCGCUGGUUUCUAUGGAUUAUGACGCUGUGGCCAAUAAUGUAAUUAUGAACCAGUUGUGUAAGGUAUGCGGAGAACCCGCAGCCGGCUUCCAUUUUGGUGCCUUCACGUGCGAAGGAUGCAAGUCCUUCUUCGGCCGCACCUACAACAACAUCAGCUCCAUCUCCGAGUGCAAGAACAACGGUGAGUGCGUCAUCAACAAGAAGAACCGUACGGCCUGCAAAGCGUGCCGCCUCCGAAAAUGCCUCCUGGUGGGCAUGUCCAAGAGCGGUUCCCGCUACGGCCGUCGCUCGAACUGGUUCAAGAUCCACUGCCUCCUCCAGGAACAGCAGCAGGCGGGCGCCAACAUAGCGGCGGCGGCUAACCUCCUCCGUCCCCACCCCUACCUGACGCCGCUCUUCCGCAACCCCCCCACCACCAUCCCCACGGCCGUUCGAGACGCGAGGUCGUCCGAAUCCGACAGCGGAGCCUCCUCGGCCGAUCCCGACGACGAGAUGCGGUCGACGAGCGCGCUGAGCUACUUGAAAACAGCGUCGCCAUCUAGCGAGCGCGACUACUACUCGAACAACUCGAUAAAGAAGCUGCCGUCGCCCGCCAGUGACUCUGAGUAUUUCUCGAGGCGGAAGUUGGUCAGUGCGUUGAACCACGCGCCUUCCGUGUCUCCCGCGUCUUUACCGUCCGUUUCGCCCGGUGGAGUAGUUCCUAAGUGGUUGCCGCCCCUGCAGGGCAUCGGGGAUCCUUCAGCGUGGAGGGAGCUGUGGUUGAGGGCGCCCCCUCCUGUGGCGGCUCCUGCUCCCGACCAGGACCAGCCGAUCGAUCUCUCGGUUAAGCCGCAGAGUGAAAGAACGCCCCCUAGGAGGGACUCCGAUAGUGACCACGAACUUAGUAUAGACGUGGGGGUUGACGAACCUGUGAAAUCAGUGCCUUUAGAUUUGACUUUGGACAGGCAGGUAGCCGACGUUACUAACUGA